ACAUAUAGUGUCUUUAGUCUACAACGAAGAGGCGGACGGUUUCUAUAUGUAGCAGCCAUUCUUCGAGCAAAAGGAUUUAUUUACUCUCAACCCCGAGUCUUGUACCAAAACGAGAGGAGUCUGCAAGGUUGGAGUAGAAGGUUUAGGCCUUGACCUGACCGUAUUAGCAGCUCAUAUUUAAAAAUUUCUUUUUUUUUGUGUUUUCUCCCACCCGGGACGUAACAUAAUUAUUAAGAAAAUUUUUGGUGGCAGCGGUGGGAUAGUAAAGCCUCCUAGGGGAUUCAACUAUCUCAUUUAUCUACUUUUUUUGGCAUAUCCAAUUUUAACGUUAGAAUCUUUAGUAACUAUACUCCAAGAAUGGCAGCUCCCAAAAAUCCGGGCACGCCUACAAGGGCCUCCCUCACGGAGGACGAAUUACGAGCAUAUGAGGGAGAAUUAGACGAUCGGGAAGCAAGAAUAUUACUCUGCCUGGAGGAAAAUAGGACCACAGAACAGAAAAUCAAAAAAUUAGAAAAGAAAGUACGGGAACGGGAAAAUGAAAUCCAAAAUGCAGAAUCCGAAUUAGAGGCGAGAAUAAUGAUUAUCGAAGAACAGGAAAGGAACAUACAAACUCAACUUCGCGAAAUAACUGAUCUCAAAACGAAAUUGAAUAACCGACUCCUAGAAAUAGAAAAACGCGACUUAGAUCUAGAUAGGCGCGAAUUAAAUCUGCAAAAACGUGAAAAUGAACUUCGCGCAAAAGAACUGGACCAUCGGCACGAAUCCUUGAUGAUAAACGAAUCGCGCAAUACGCCUAUUGUCACGGCUGUACACCGUGACGUAAGCCCGUAUUCGUCAAGAAGCAAUUUAGAAUCUAUAGCCGAUAUUGACCUACCAAGGAGGAAUCGCGUAAUAAACGAAGAAAAACCCGAACCCAGACCGAUACGAACGAGAUCAGUUCAAAUAGCCGGGUCAGAACCAAAGCUAAAAGAAAUAACUGAAACAAUUCCGCGCUUCGACGGAUACAACAUAUCGGUACUCCAAUUCUCAAGAGCGUGUAAGAGAGCUAUGGACCUAUUUCUCGAACACCCUUCCAGGGAAAUAGAAGCGAUGCUAGUUCGAAGGAUUAGAGCCAAAUUAGACGGGCACGCGUACUCAGUUACAGAAGACCAGGAGCUACAAACAGUAGAACAACUGGUAGGCUUGCUAAAAGCAGCUUUCCAGCCGGCAAAAUCCGCAAGUCACUACAAGGGACAAUUAGCUAAUAUUUACAUGAAACCUAGGGAACGAGUCUUAGACUACACGGAACGUAUAAAGGAAUUGAAACAAGCUAUAAUCGAGGCAGAGACUAAGGAAUCGGGAGAGUUGGGUGAUCAUCAACGAAGACGUAUUGAAUGCGAGGUACUCGACGCGCUAGAAAACGGAUUGCCGGAGGAAUAUGAGUUACGGAUGAAGCAUGAAAGGUAUCAUGAUUUAACGACAGCGGCCAAUGCUCUUUUAAGAAUAAGCAGAGCCCUAGAAAGGAAUAGAGCUCGCACCGGCAAAGAAGGACCAAGGGAGAUUUCUAGAAUACAUGCUAUCACAAGCGAAAAAAUCAUUUGCACGAGCUGUAAGGAAAUAGGUCAUAUGGCGAAGGAUUGUAGAAUAAAGGGAAGACCGCCGACUUUUUCGGAAAUUACUGCGAGACCUCCAUCUCCUCGGUCAAAGAACCAGGGAAGGAAUUUGACCUUAAAUAAUAGGCCACCUAGUCCACGAGAACAGCGGACCUGCUACUAUUGUAAAAGGAUUGGCCACAUUUUAAAAGAUUGCCGGAAGCUCAAGUACGACAGUGAGCAUAGAACUGGGGAUAAACGUUCCAAGUAUAAUCCUGACCGUCAGAGUCCGGAGGAUAGGACAAGAAACCGCCGAGAUUCUAACGAGUACAAAAGAAAAUAUAGUCAAAACGAUGAUCGACGGAGCCCAUCACCAAGGGACAAAAAUAGAGAGAGAAGACACUCAACGUCCAGCAACCAGGGAAACCAUGUAAGCGGCCCGUCGAGAUCAGACAGGAGCGGGGCCGCCAUUGGAAACGCUCACGGACAAACCAACGCACAGGCGACCCAGUCAAGCAGAUCGCCACAAUAAAUUAUAAACCGACGGCGAAAACACCCACAAUAAUCAUUGACGUCGGGAACCAGGGUAGGCAAAUUAAACUUAUGAUUGACACUGGCGCAGAAGUCAACAUUAUCAAGGAGGGUGCUACCGAAUUUAAUUUAAAAACCGAUCAUAGCGAUAUAAUAAAUGUAUGUGGCAUUACGGACGAUCAUAUUCGAACGAAGGGUUCAGUGACCGUCCAACUCUUUGGGAAGGAAGUACGAUUCUAUGUAGUGGCGUCGAACUUCCCUAUCGAACAAGACGGUAUU